UUGCCAAAGUAUAAGAAUUCAGUAUAUGUUGCUUCUAGAUUAUGGCCCAUUCACGAUGAGCGGACAUGGCGUCAUUUUUUCCUGAUCGCUACAAAUGAGUAUGAGGAGUUGCACAUUUACGUGGAAGCUUCAGCGACCCCGCCACAAAAUUUGGCAUUCCACGGAACUCCCGCAGAGGAAGGCCCAUCAUCAAUAUAUGAUCGAAGGAACAACCGCCAAAUGUUUCAGAACUAUGAAUCUCCCGACUCAGGUGAAGAGUCGGACGAUCCAAAUUAUGAACAAGGUUUUUGUGAUGAUGUGGAUUCAUCCACGAGGGAUGAUGCAGACGA